AUGUCAACACUCACGAAUGGCGUUUCCUCCCAUCGCGCGGACAGCGACAAUGCCGCCGACGGCGCACACAGCAGCGCUGCGGCCCGACCCAGCAGUAGCAGCACCAACACCAUCUACGCAGCGUCGAGCGUCGCCGAGGUGCGUGCUGCCCUCGAAGCUCUCCACAACCGCGAAUCGACGAUCACGAGCCGUCUCGACGCACUGCUUGGCUCCCAGGCCGAUCUCGCCCGCGAAUUAGGACGACUGGACCUGCUGCGCGCGGGGCUCGGUAGUCAGGUCAUUGCUGCCCGGUCCGUUGGCAAUGACAUGCUCUCGACAGCUGCGGACACAGCGGGGCGGUUGAGCAAUAAGGUGAAGGAGCUGGACUUGGAGAAGAGCCGGGUCGAGGAUACACUCGAGGUUGUGAAGCAGGUCGUCGAGCUCAAGGCUUGUGUCCAGGGCGUCGUGGGGAGCAUGGGUGCCCCGCAAGACUGGGAGGCGGCCGCGGCGUACCUUGCGCGGGCGGCGCAGGUGCCGGAAGAUAUCACCAAGGGCAAGUUUGCGUCGUCGAUUGUACCGUCCGUUGAGGUUCCCGACCCCCCGUGGGUGACGCUCGAGAACGCCAAGGAGAGUCUAUGCGGGCUGUUCCUCAGGGAGUUCGAGAAGGCGACCAAGGAGGGAGACGGUGCCAAGGUGACGAGGUUUUUCAAGCUCUUCCCGCUCAUUGGAAGAGGAGAUGUUGGUCUGGACGUCUAUGGGCGGUAUGUCUGCCAGGGUGUGGCCGGUACAGCAAGAUCGGUAUUGAAGGAGAGUCCCGGUGUCCAGGCGAGGAAAGAAGGCUUCUUCUAUGCGAAUGCUCUCACCAGAUUAUUCGACCAUAUUGCUCGCAUUGUGGAAGGUCACGGAGGUCUUGUUGAGCUGCAUUAUGGCUCUGGCAAGAUGGUGCGUGUCAUUGAGCGUUUGCAGCAGGAGGCUGACGUACAAGGAGGCAUUGUCCUCGACUCGUGGAGCGAUGAGCGAGACGUGGACAGGCGGCUGAAGGACGUCAAGAGCUACCCCUUUUCUUUCUUGGUGCAGAGCUUCCUCCCUCAACAGAGAGGCGGGACACCACGAGUCAACUCGCCUGCCAUGGGCGCCGGCGCGAACCCGCGAGCCAGUGAGGAUGAGGGCGUCAACAUGAAGGAGGUCGAUGGCCUUCUAAGUGAGAUCGCAAUCAUGCUCGGCCGGUGGUCUCUAUACUCCAAGUUUUUAGCAGGCAAGACUCGCGACCCAUCUGCUCCCGACGACGCUCCGCUGUCUGUGCCGGAAGUUGUCGUCAAGUCCAACCUUAGGAAGAAGGUCUCGGACAAGCUUACAUCCCCUUAUAACAUUAUGAUGACUUUCUUCUUCCGAAGAUCAGUCGAAAAGGCGUUCCAACUGGACGAAUCACCAGCAAGUGGCCUGUCUCUCAGUAUGAACAAGCACAUCGACACAAACCAAGCAUUCAUCAUCUCCGCGGUUGACGACGUCAUGUACGUCGUCAGUGCCGUUAUCCAAAAGUCAAUAUCGACAUCUCAAAGAGACGUCAUCUCAUCCGUCAUUCCCACCAUCGGCCGCGUCCUCGGCUCAGACUUUGUCGGCAUGAUUCAACGAAAGAUGCGAGACGAAUCCUAUCCCAAGCCCAUUGUGCAAGGAGGAUUCCCGCCAGAAGACAGAAUCAUCCAAUUCAUCGUCCUCAUCAACAGUCUCGAUACUGCCAAUGAGUACCUCGGACGAAUCAUCACAAGCAACGUCGGAAGCACAAACGAUCCGCCAAAGGCAAACGGCGAUGCUCAUGAGCCAUCACUUAGAGACACAUUCCCGUUCGACAAGGACGUUGCUUUCGUGGCUUCUGCCCUCAAUACACUGCAAAGUUCCUUCACCACUAAGACCACCGAGCUUCUCAACGAGGGACUCCAGGUUCUCUUCAAGCAGGUCGUCCAACCCCGCCUCCGACCUGUGCUCAGCGACACCUUCCGCGACGUAGACUACUCUUUGACCGAAGAGGAGCUGGCCGAUUUCGCUCAACAGAACGACGAGGACGAGGAGGAAAUGCUUGACCAAGUGUCCCAUCGCUUCGAGCACGGCUGGGACCAGCUGAUGAAGCCCGUGGCGCGUCUCAUGACGCCUCAUACCUUUACAACGCUUCACGACCUGACGGCGCGGUACCUCUCGCGUGUGCUCGAACGCAGGGUUUGGGAUGCCCGGGCAAACGCCUAUGGUGUCAUCCGCAUGGACCGCGACUUCUCCAGCAUCGUCAGUACCGUGUCCAAGGGCAACUACGGCGUCAGAGAGCUGUUCGCGAGGGUCUCGCAGAUCUUGAUGGUGGCCAACAUGGAAGAGGAGGAGUGGGAAGAAAUUUCCGCUCAGCCAGAUGACGGGGAGGAGGAUGGUAUGAUUUGGGUUCUGACUGAAGAUGAAAGGCGGCGAGCAAGGCAUCUUACCUCUAGGGAGCGUAGAGGAUGA